AUGGACGCUCCUUCCACACCAUCGAAUGAGUCGCACGAUGGUACUAUUAAAGACCCACCAAAGGAAAUGGGGAGGAAGUCCAUGGUGCUUACCAAGGUGGAAAAAGAGGCGGAUCUAGUGAUGGGAACAAAUAAUAGUAGUAUAGUCUCGAAAAGAAGCGUCGAACUUCGAUACUACCCCCAAUAUGAAUUCUUUCGCCCUUUCGUGAAGAAGCCUCAGAGACGAGCACCGUUGAUUAAUCGAGGAUAUUGGCUUAGAAUGCAUGCGAUCGCUGAGACUGUCCGUCAAUUCCUGCAGAGAGCGGAUACGCGACCCAAGUUUGUCCUAAAUUUAGGAUGUGGAUAUGACCCGUUGUCCUUCCAAUUACUCAAGACUGAGCAAUCGACAUGUAGUAAUGUGACGUUUGUGGAUAUUGACUAUGAAAAAUUGAUGGGUAUCAAAACGUCCAUCAUCCAACAAACGGAAGAAUUGAAGAGUAUAUUGGGAGAUAUAAAAGCAUAUCCGGACCCUAAUCCGGUGCUUCUGCGAGCUUCGCAUUAUGUUGCCGUGGGCUGCGAUUUGAAGAAUUUGAAGAAACUUGAGGAGGCGUUGAAGGAAGUCCUAGGUCCUUCGCCGGUCUCGGUGCUCUGCAUAGCAGAAGUCUCGCUUACUUAUAUGGAUGUUAAGUCAGCAGAUGCGCUCAUUUCAUGGUUUCCGACGUUGGGCAAAGAUAUUCAAUUCUGUGUUCUGGAACAAUUCUUCCCCGACGGGCCUGAUCACCCCUUUGCGUCUACUAUGAUGAAACACUUCAAUAAACUUCAAGCACCUCUUCAUUCUAUCCACAAAUACCCGGCUUUGUCCUUACAAGAGCAACGGUUUUACUCAAGAGGAUGGCGUUCUGCCUCGGCCAGGACUCUAUGGGAUAUCUGGAACGACGAUGCAUUUCUCAGUAAAUCACAACGAAUGGGACUGGACUCUAUAGAGCCAUUCGACGAGUGGGAGGAAUUUGCACUGUUUGCCUCGCAUUAUUUUCUCUUGACAGCUUCGACUUUUGAGGGGGGACCUUUCAGUACCAAUGAGCUUAGGUCUUGCAGCGAUUUGCCGAGAGCCCCAUUAAAAUUAGUAUCGCACCGCGCAGCUUCCUUCAAGGGCCAUCGGAGAUUUGCCGCCGUUGUCCCAGAUAGUGAUCGAUCUAUAGGUGUCCAUGGAGGGCUAGGAAGCCAGUCACGUCUACUGUCUACAGAUCUAUAUUGCAGAGGUGAAGACGUUACCAAGCCUGCCGGCAAUUUGCCAACUUACAAAAUAUCAGCACGCAUGUGUCAUACCAUCACAGCUCUCAAUAAUGGGAACUGUCUUUUCGUCGGGGGUCGUGCAUCGCCUAGCGCUGGCUUAAGCGAUUGCUGGAUUCGAAAAGACAAUGUCUGGAAACCGACAGACUCUUUACCGUCUCCUCGCUUCCGGCACUGUGCGGUACGAGUCGAGCUAAAUGACAAUGAAGGAGUGUUGAUAUACGGCGGGAAAACCAGCAAGGGCGAUACCCUGGAUGACUGGCUACUGUGGAAUGAGCAAGAAGGAUGGACAGCCGUUGAAGUCGCAGGACAGCGCGCUAUCGCCAGUCGAUUUGGUGCUCAGAUGAUCGCCAUGGAUGCUUUGUCUGGCUAUCUCUUCGGAGGCAUGUCUCAGGAUGGAAUUGUCUUCAAUGACUUUUGGAAAUGGAGCCUGGAGACGGAUGGAGAUGGCAUCAAAACCAUUCAGCUCACAGACUUGUCUGAGAAACUACGAAACGCUACAAAUCUCGCCGACUACGUUGCUGGGCGAUUCGGUGCUACGACAAGCGUGGUUUCAAACAAGCUUCUAGUCAUAGGUGGAAUCGGCGUUCAGGGCGUUCUUCCAGAGACAGUGGAGUUUCUCUGCUUCGAAGUCUCAGAGCUUGGCCAAACCGAGUGGAGUUCGUCGAUUGUACAAACUAUCGAUGCAAAGUCCGAGUCCCCAGCAUUGCGGCCGCUUCUCGCCGGCCACAUCUCAGGGACUGUUGGUUCCUCAGUGAUUGUGGUAUCUGGCGGAGCCGUCUGUUUCUCAUUCGGAACAUUUUGGAACAGCUACAUCUGGGAAAUAUGUGACGUCUCAGCCGGUACAUCAGAAGACUGGAAAUUUUUACAAGUGGCAGAAACCAGACUUCCAAGGGCGGCGGCCGAUGCAUCUCGUAGCAAAUCUUGUAACAAGUCGACCAAGCCGGGUGCAAUCAAAAGCAUUGGGCGAGUGACUAUCCAAACAGCGGCAGAUUUUGAGUCGAUUCUGAACCAAGCACAACCGGUUGUGAUAACCGGAUUGGACAUAGGAGCAUGUACCGAAAAAUGGUCUAAAGACUAUCUGGUCCAGACCCUUGGGUCUGAUCGCAAAGUCGUGGUCCAUGAGGCCCAGAGCGAUCAUAUGAAUUUCCAGAGAAAAAAUUUUUCAUACAAAACCAAGGACUUUGGUACAUUCAUGGACGAGAUCCAGCAGGGAAGCCGUCAGUAUCUCAGGUCGAUCUCGAGCGAUCAACCAGCGAAAAAAGCGGCACUCUUUGAACAAGAUUUCCCGGAAAUCAAGGAUGAUUUCUGCCUUCCAUCGCAAUUGAGUUUUGCAAGAGACAAUACGCAUAGUUCUCCUUUACGCGUCUCCGGGCCUGUUACGAUGUGGUUACAUUAUGAUGUCAUGGCCAAUGUGUACUGCCAGAUCCGCGGGCAGAAAAAGUUAGUGUUAUACCCUCCCUCAGACGUGGAACACCUGCAACUACCGCCCGGCGCAUCGAGCUCCACACUCGAUAUAUUCGCCAGCGACAACAACAAUGUCAAAAACGGACGAAUAGUGUCCGUGCCCCGUACAUCCCCUCACGAGGCGACGCUCUCUCCAGGGGAGAUUCUGUUCAUCCCACCGUUAUGGCUGCACGCUGCUGCUCCUAUUGAGGGUGUCAGUAUAGCGAUCAAUGUAUUCUUUCGCAAUUUGGAAAAGGGAUAUGCUGCCGGUCGCGAUGUUUAUGCUAACAGGGAUUUGGAAGCGUAUGAGAAGGGGAGGAAUGAGGUGGAAAAGAUCGUUAGGUCUUUCGACGGGGUUCCGCCUGAUAUUGCGGCGUUUUAUUUGGUGAGGUUGGCGGAAGAGUUGAGAGAGUGUGUGAGCAUAUCUCGAGAGACCAGCUAGCUGUAGUACAUCUGGGGAAGUGUUCUGUGAUUGGCUCUCAGCAUAAAUAGCAGAACGGUGUGGGGCCAAGUGAGGGGACGAAUCACAAAGCGGGUAUCUCUCUUGGCCCGUGCGCUAUGCUUUCCACUGAUUCCAAUUGAGCGUCUAUCACUGUUUGUUUCUACUAUAGUGCAGAAGACACCUACAACCUGCCGCAUUCAGCAAUCGCUGAGAAUCAUCGGAUAUGAUAUGCUUAAGAGUGGAUAAUGAUGCCUACACAGAUCAGAUGCAUGUCCGAUAUGGACUCAACUGUGGAUCGCCAAAUACAUCCAGAUGGGGAGUAGAUGCAUAUCAGAAUAAUGUCUGCAUUGCUUG